UCAUAUUUAGAACCUCUAUGUAGGAGAGUUAAAUAGAAACUGCUUAUGUGCAAUAUAGUGUUGUAUAAGAUCAUAAAAUCACUCAAAUCCUCUCAAUUCUUUUUCUUCUAUAUGGAAGACUUAAACAUGUGGCUUUCCUUCUAUAUGAAUGAAAGUGUUAACCUUGAUUUCCCUAUAAGAAGGUUUUGCCCUGCAAGAAUGGAGCAAGAUCAAGAAGGAGAGUGCCAUGACCAAGAGACAAUACUUGAUGAUGUUGAAUUGUGUACUUUUGAUACUACCACCACUUCUUGUUUAUUACCUUCUUCGGAAGUCGAUGACUUUGUUGAUAGCUUCAUCAACAUGGAUCAAUAUUCAGAUCAUGAGUCUCAAGAGAAGAAUCAUCAAAGUCAAAGUUUUGAUCAUAACUUUUUGGUGAAUGAUGAUGUUUUUGGAUAUGAUCCAACCACAAUGGAGGAUGAAGAAUUAGAGAUCUGCGAAAAUACAACGAUCACAAUGGAAGACGAAGAAGUUGAAAUGAAUGGCAACUUUGGUGCUAUUCCACAAUCACAAGCCAGUCUCGGUAUGAACCAAGGUCUUGACUUGGUCCAUACGCUAUUGGCUUGUGCCGAGGCCGUUGGUUGUAGAGACAACAAUCAGGCGGAUUUGUUACUUGGUAAAAUUUUGGCUUUGUCGAGUUCUUCAGGAGAUUCAUUACAAAGAGUCUCCUUCUGUUUUGCGACGGCAUUGAAGUGUAGGUUAUCACUUUAUCCACAAAAUGUAUUUUCAAAUAGUACACUCACAACAAGUACUUCUAAUGAUGUUUCUUUGAUUACUAGGGAGAAUAAGUUGGAAGCUUUUCAGCUUCUUUACCAAACCACACCUUACAUUACUUUCGGUUUCAUGGCUGCAAAUGAAGCUAUAUGUCAAGGAUCAAAAGGAAAAAGCUCAAUACAUAUAAUUGAUUUAGGAAUGGAGCAUGCUCUUCAAUGGCCUUCGCUUAUAAGGAGCCUCGCUUCGAGGCCUGAGGGACCUCCAAAGCUCAGGAUAACAGGAUUCAGUACGAAUGAAGAAAACAACGCAAAACUUCGCGCUAGCAUGAAUUUGCAUGUAGAGGAAGCACUCUCAUUGGGAAUAGUCCUUGAAUUUCGCAUAAUAUCAGAGCCGGCAACUCCUUCUCUUCUUACAAUCGAAAACCUCGGCUUGAGAGAAGGUGAAGCUUUAUUUGUUAAUAGCAUCUUGAAAUUACACAAAUAUGUGAAAGAAAGUAGAGGCUAUCUAAAAUCAAUUCUCCAAUCAAUCAAGAAGCUAAGUCCAAUUGCACUCACUGUUGUAGAGCAAGACACAAACCACAAUGGACCUUUCUUUCUUGGUAGGUUUCUAGAAUCACUUCACUAUUACUCAGCAAUAUUUGAUUCUCUUGAGGCAAGUAUGCCAAGAAAUAGUCCAAUUAGGAUGAAAAUAGAGAGAAUACAUUUUGCAGAAGAAAUUUGUAACAUUGUGGCUUGUGAGGGUCCUGAUAGAAUGGAGAGACAUGAAAGAGUAGAUCAAUGGAGAAGACAAUUAGGAAGAGCAGGAUUUCAAGUAAUGCCACUCAAGUGUACAAGUCAAGCUAGAAUGAUGCUUUCUGUUUAUGAUUGUGAUGGAUAUACAUUGUCAUGUGAAAAGGGUUGCCUUUUACUUGGUUGGAAAGGAAGGCCUAUUAUGAUGGCUUCUGCUUGGCAAGUGGCAAGUUUGUCAUAUACUGACAGAGCUUCUUAAGCUAAAAGGAAAUGGUUUUGGUGCAGAAACUGCAUCACCAACUUUUCAAUCCCAACCAUUUAAAGCUGAUUUUGUUAUUUCGUCAUUUGAGCUGUCCGAUCUCACUUUAACGAUUGACAUCGCUUUCUGAAUGUGUUCUUUACAGCAGGGAAUUCUAAUUCAAGAAAAAGGGAGUAGAAUGGUCAUGCACUUAUUCAUUGCAGUAAUUUGUUUCUUUUAACAUUUAAUUUAAUUGAGUUAGUCAUAUUAUUAUACCUAUAGGCUGUUUGGAACAGCGUUUAAAUGCCAUUUCUCGCGGCCUGAGGCAACUUUGAAGUGAAAAUAUAGAAGCUACAAAAGACAGCUUCACACAAAACGUGGUUUUCUUUGCUUUCUACCGCUUCAACAAACACACCUCUAGUCACAUGCAUAUUCACUCAAUUUAAGUGUAUCAUUUUUGGAAAAAAGUUGAGUUAGUCAUAAUUUCUGUUUGAACUUAUUGACCAUGUAUUUCAGUCUCAAAUUUCAUAAUGGUAUUUGAUAGGCUGUAAAAAUAAUCUAGAACCUCAAGAGAGAAUGGUAUUAGCAGUUUCCCAGAAAUGUUUUUUAACUUUCAAGAAUGACAAAAUUACAUAUAGCAUCAUAGCACAUCCAGUUUUCCAUAUUGGCAUAAUGGGGACUCUUGUCUCUCUGGAUUGUUAAGUUUUUAGUCUAAAUCUUUUGGCCUUAUAUGUACUGUCUCUAUUAUUGUCAUUUCAUGAUUUUAAU